ACUGACCAGAGCUCUGAGAAAUACCAUAUUGAGCCUACUCCACAUCAGCAAGAUGACCCUUCUCAACUACCCUGUUCCAGAGUUGGAUGUUACCCUGCAGGAAGUGAGCCGUGUCUUGCAGCUCACUUUAAGGGCUGACCUUUACCCAGAGUUCAAAAAUACCCUGGAACAGCAGAGGGCGCUCCUUCAAGAAGCCCAGGAACAAGUCACAACAAGAGCUUUGGGCAAAGAGAACUGGGUGACGGAGCAGUUCAAGAGAAGUCUGCUGUCUUAUUACGACCCCCUGCCCAACUCUACUGCCAUUCCUGUUGUUCUGCUUCCUACCAAAGCAACGGGACGUACCCAGCUAGGGAGGGCCGCUGCUCUCCUCUGGGCAGCAGCAAAGCUGUACAGCGAGCCCAUGCUGCUGGAGGGCAAUGUGCCGAUGGAGAACACACAGCAGUCCGAGAUAUUCGCUGCCAGCAGGAUUCCUGGCAGGAGUCAAGAUGAGAUUAAACUCUACCCUGAUAGCCUUCAUGCCAUUGUCACCUGUGCUGGAGGAGUGUUCCCUGUGGACAUACUGGGGCGUCCCAGCACUGGUGGGCCAGUUUCUGCUCGACCGUUUGUUGACAUCUACAACCAGCUGGCUCAGGUGAUGGAUCAACCCAGAGCAGGAAAACUGAAUGAUCCAUCUGCCAUUUGUAGCCUCUCGGCUCUGGAUCGCAAAGUCUGGGCUGCCACCAGGGAAGAGAUCUUGGGGAAAGGAGGGGAGACAGCGGCAUCCCUGAGGCUGAUGGAGAGUGCCGUGCUGACCCUCUGUCUGGAGGACUUCAACCCCCCCUCUGAACUGGCUGAUACUCUCAAUGCAGUGAGGCUCGGAGGAGGAGGAGAAGGCAGCCUUCAUUUGAGAUAUUAUGACAAGGUGGUGAACCUGGUGGUGUUCAAGGACAGCACAGCUGGGAUGGUGUUUGAGCACAGUGCUGUCGAUGGGAUGGUGGCUGGUCUUGUGACUGAGCAUCUGUACAAUCUGUCUGAGACUGUGGACCUAAAUCUUGUCCAGACUGAAGCAGUACAAGUCAAUGGCUCUGUCAUAGUAAACAAUGUUAGUUAUGUGUGUCCACCUCCCCUAACAUUCCCCUUGCAAGGAGUAAAUACCCCCAAACUGAGCCGUAACUUAAAAGAAACACACCCUGUUCUGACUUUUGAUGUGUCUUCUUUUCCUGAUGUCUUUUCUACUCUCAGAGGGCAGAGAGGCCUGUUUGAUGCUUGGGUUAACUUUUCUUUGCAGCUUUCCCUGAGGCAGACUCUUGGGGAAUCCGCUGCCAAGCACAUGAUUGUUACACCGACCCAUAUGCGGCACUACAAACAUGGCCGUUGUGAUCCAACAUACUCAUUCACCAUGCAUUCUCACAAGUUAGUAAGUGCCUUGGUGUCUUGCAUCGGCUCAAAUAACACAAUCAAAUACACUGCUGACCUGCUACGCUUGUUCCAUGUUGCAUUUUUGGAGCAUAGGAGCCUCAUCAGAAACACAAAAAGCGGUCAUGGAGUUGGACCCCACCUUGCUGCACUGCGUCAUUCGUUGCCAUCAGACAAUCCUCUGAAGAAGUACCUGGACCCCUUUGGAUGUCCAUCUGUGUACCUCACAGGUACAGAUAUGAUGGAGGGCGUGGAGUGUGGACUAGGGAAUGUUUAUGCCCAAGAUCAGCUGGCUGUAACCUACCAUGGAAAAAAAGACAAGGUUCGCAUCGUGCUUAAUGGAAAAGGGAGCUUUGCUCUUACACUGGAGAAACUUCAAGCUAGUCUGAAGAUAAACCUGAAGUUAGUGAUGCUCCUAGCUGUUAGAUAUGCCAUUGCAUGCCAAAUGGGAGCCAUUGAGCGUCCAUUGAAUCAGGGUCAAACUGAGAAAAUGAAUGGAGAGACCAACCACUGCCAAGAGAGCCCAAACAAAGGCAAAACCACUGUUGAAAACACCUCUGGCACGAGCACAGACUACACUCUGGUAAUCCAUGGUGGGGCUGGUGAGGAGAUGAUGCUAAACACCGAAGUCAUUGGUGUAAUUGAGUUUGCUCUACAGACAGCCUUAACCCUUGGAUCCGAAGUGCUUCAACAAGGUGGCAGCAGUCUAGAUGCAGUUCAGAAGUCAGUAGAAGCUCUGGAGGACUGCGUCCUGUUCAAUGCAGGUAAAGGCUCAGCAUUCAACCAAGACGGCAAAAAUGAAAUGGAAGCAACCAUUGUGGAUGGCAAUGCAAUGAGGUCAGGAUCUGUUGCUUGUGUGCAAAAUGUAAAGAACCCAAUAAAAGCCGCUAGGUGUGUCAUGGAGAAAAGCUCCCAUUCACUCAUUGUGGGAGAUGGGGCUGAGGAGUAUCUGCAGGGGUUGGAGAAGAAGCAGAAUCCUGUUGGGCCUGAGUAUUUCUACACAGAUGUACGUCACAGAGAGUUGACUGCAAAGCUCGCUGCAGGAAAUACCUCAAAAAACAAUCACCAGCGGACAGUUGGAGCUGUGGCCUUGGAUCGUUGGAAAGGGUUGGCUGCUGCAUCAUCCACAGGUGGGGUAGUAGGCAAGCUGAAAGGGCGAGUUGGGGAUACAGCAAUAGUAGGGGCAGGAAUAUAUGCUGAUGACAAGUUAGCCAUUACCUGCUCUGGAGAUGGAGAUGUGUUUGUGAGGCAAACAGUUGCCCAGAAAAUAGCAAGUCUCUACCACCACACAGGCUAUAGUUUGAGGCAGGCAUGUAGGGAGGUGAUGGCUGAAAAUCUAGAUGGGAUCUGUGCAGGAAUCAUAGCUCUGGACGCGAAAGGUGAUGUCAUCAUUGAAACGAACGCUGAUGUCAUGUUUGUGGCCUCAAUGGUGGAUGACAUUUCACGAGUGGAAGUCCUCAGGCCACUCAAGAGCUUCUCUGAUGUGAUCUGGGAAACCGAUGAGCUGGUUGCUUACCUGGAUCCCAAACCCUGGACCCCUGGGUCAACCAUUCUGAAGAGAAAAACUCUUAGCGGAGCAAGCAGCAUCUUCCAGUUAGCUACACCUGAUGUUUUGACUAUCCUACAAGGAGCAAAGGCUGUUUCAAGCUUGCUAUGUGAGCGACUGGGAGUGCAGCGCUGUGCCCUGGUUUUCAAUCCAAUCCCAAACCAGUCAGCACAAAUCCGACUGCUUCCGCUUCAUGGUCUUGAGCCAAAGUGGCAGCCCCAUCUGGCAAGUGAAGAGGAAUUCCACACAAAUGAUCCUGGUUACUGCACAUCCAAAAGUGGCCCACGCUUGGAUGAUGAGGCACUGACCCAGGUUCAAGCCAAGAUUAGAAGCGGACUGCCAACACCAAAUGCACCUUCCUGCUUUGACUUUUUCGGAGAUGCUUCCAAUGACAACCUUUUCAGUCGUAUUGUACGUGGAGAGCAGCAACAGUGGAGAGUGUGGGAAGACAAUGAGCAUGUUGCCUUCCUGACACCUUACCCAAACACUCCUGGACUAACCGUUGUAGUGCCCCGCAAACCACUGUCCAGUGACAUCUUCAAACUGGAGGAAGCUGACUACAAAGCGCUGAUCCUAGCUACUUGUAAAGUUGCCAAACUACUGGAGGAAGGGAUGAGAGCUCAAGGUGUUGCACUGAUCUUCAAGGGCUUUGAGAUUGAUUAUGCUCAUGCCAAGCUAAUCCCUCUGUUGCCUUCACCAGAUGGAACCAAUCAAGCUGAACUGCAAGCACAAUGCUACCAAAGCUACCCUGGAUUUGUGUCAUCACGGGAUGGCCCAGCGGCUGACCCUGAAGCCCUUAAAAAGAUCCACUCAAAAAUCACCCAGUGCAGGCCUCCUCAUUCAUGGCAAGACCCUCAGUCUCACUCCACACUUGCCAUCAAGAGCCAAUGGUAUCGCAACCUGUUCCAGAUUCAAAACACCCUUUUCCACAGCACAGUGGAAUAUUUCCACAGUUCCUGCAAGUACUCCUACGCUCUAACCCCUCUCACCACAGACACCAUCUCUUCACCAAUGGGCCUGGGAUCUGACUCAGAACCAGUUUCUGUUCACUUGCUCGGCCAGGACAGCUACCUGGCUGACUCAAUGCAAUUUGUACUUGAAUACUUCCUUCGCUUCCAGGACAACCUGCCAGGGGCAUACUACAUAUCUCCCAGCUUUAGAGGGGAAGAUCCUGAUGCCACACACUUGAACCAGUUCUACCACGUGGAGUGUGAACUGUUGGGGAACAUGAACAAGGCCAUUUCCACAGCAGAGGGAUACUUGGCUCAUCUCACCAAGUCCAUGCUGAAGAAACACUCCGAUAUGAUCCUCAACACCGCCGGGACUCUUACACAUGUCAACGCCAUGCUGAGUAAGCUGGAUGGAAAAACCCCACUACCAAGAGUCCCUCUAGACCAGGCCAUUUCCAUGAUGCCCUCCGCCGACUGCCAAGAGUGGGUACAAGAUGGCCAGCCACAGUUUGGCAGAAAGCUAACGCGCAAAGGAGAGCGAGUCUUGAUGGAGAAAUAUGGUGGCGCUGUUUGGCUAACUGAGAUGGACCAUCUAGGAGUUCCCUUCUACCAGGCCUAUGUGGAGGGCACUGAGCGGUGCAAAGCCAAAGCUGCUGAUCUUCUCCUGGGUUUAGGUGAGACAUUGGGUCUCGGUGAACGUCAUUCCACCACUGAGAUGGUACAGGAGGCCCUCAGACACCAUGAAGUGCCAGAGCAGUCCUACAAAUGGUACCUUAACAUGCGGCAGGUGAAUCCCCUCCUCACCAGUGGAUGGGGCAUGGGGACGGAGCGCUACUUGUGUUGGCUGCUUCAGCAUGAUGACAUCAGAGAUAUGCAUGUCAUUCCUAGGAUGAAAGGAAAGAAGUACAUGCCCUGAUCACAAGUUCUCCUAAGGUCUACAGACCAUAACAUGUGAUUUACGUGUAACAAUGUGGCCAAAGACAACAGAACGCCACUUUAUAUCUUUUAAUCCAACCCAACCCUUGUUCACUUUAAAGGGGACCUAUCAUGCAAAUUUCACUUUUUGAUGUCUUUUAUACAUAAAUAUGUGUCCCCGGUAUGUCGGGGAACUCACGCAGCGUCAGAAAAUAAAACCCUUUCUCUUUUCCUCUGUGCCCAAAUCUUUUAAAAACGGGGGUACAACGAGCGGAUACAGAUUUGCUGCCGAUAUUACGUAAUUUCGGAUGGUGGACCCACAGAAAGUUGCUAUCAGAAACAAUGCCUGACGUGUUUUGGACGUAAUAUGGUCUAAAUAAACUUGUGUUUAAAUAGUAGGAAAUAAAAAAAGGAACUCACCUUUUGAUAAACCCGCAAGAGAAAAAGCAUUAGAGCUCCAUACUGUUUCAGAAAUAAUCCUUGAUGAGGUUUGGAACAGGAUGGCGUUUUAUCACAGCAGAAUUUUACUUUAUCUCCAGUAGAAUUCUGAUCAGGCAUUAGCUCCGCCUCCUCUUUUUUGUUUUUUUCGCGUUUUUCUAACAGUGCUGGAAUAGAGGGAUAUGAGGGAUGUCUAAAAUGCAUGAUCUAUUUGUAUUUUGAGCAAAACACAUCAUAGACAUGUUUUUUUAUAUUUGUAUUAAUCUGAGACCCAUAAUACAUGCCUUAAAAUAGCACGAUAGGUGCACUUUAAAGUACAAUCCUAAAGUCCUAUGUCAUGUUAUAGUCUUGCAGCAAAACCAGAGGUACAAUUUCAGAGAAUUAAAUUAAUGUAAAAAAAAGUUUAUUUGGAGGUUACAGGAAGCAUAUCAACAUUUGUAUCUUAAAUGUUAACACUUAGUUUUUGAUUAUUUUCUUAGUGGUAAGGCUAAAGUGUCAAUGUAAGUGCAAAGAUAGCACAAGAAGAGUGCUUGUACUAUUGGAAUUGUUUAUUGUAUUUUAUUAUCUUUUCUUUGUGUGAGACUUAACCUGUUUUUCUUUUGUUUUUCUUUCUUUGGAUGGAAUGAAUACCUAUGGUGA